GAUAGCUGCUGUUGUUACCGGCAACCAUUACCAGUCAUCCAGACAUUGAAAGUUUGAAACGCCCACAGUCGCCGCUCGCGGAAAAUGGCCCUGCCGAUGUCCGUACAAUUCUCGGCAACCUCAACCUUCCUUACACCGACGAAAACCGGCCACCCACUCUCAUGUGUACGAUUCAAACCAACACCUGUGGGUCGCUAUCUUCUGUCCCACCCCAAACAGAGACCCCUAGCGAUCACUCGCACUCAAAGAAGAAACCGGUCAUUCACCAUCAACGCCGCCGACGAAACCCGAGAAAGUCCCGAAGCGGAGACUGUGAGCAACCAGGACAGCCCUACUGAACCUGGGAUUCAAGCGGGCGAGUCGAGCGAGGAAUUGGGAUCGCAGAUAAAGGAGGCAAUGCGGCAGAGAAAGGAGGAGGAGGCGAGAGAUGGAGGUUUCUGGAGUGGAGUGGUGGAGGAGAUUCGUGAGAUCGAGUGGCCCGCGUUCGGUAAGGUUUUGGGGACGACGGGCGUCGUGCUGGGAGUGAUAGCUGGAUCGAGUGUCGUUUUGCUAACCGUGAAUGCCGUAUUGGCUGAGCUCUCCGACCGGGUUUUCGCCGGCAGAGGAGUCCAGGAUUUCUUCGGCUGAGAAAGUGAGAGAGAGGGAGAGUGUGGGGUUGUGAUGGUCGCUAUCUCCCGGACGAGGCCCAGCCCACGAAGGAAGUAGGAAGGCCCUCAAGGAUACUCACUCGGUAGGCAGAAAAAUGGUGUCAUGGUGAGUGGAAGAGAGAGAGAAUCUGGAAUAGCAUGUUGCUGGAUGAUGACGAUGUGUAUUUACUAUUUCCCUACAACGUUUAUAUGGACAUUGCUGAAUCAUACAUAGCCAAUGUCUUUUUAA